AUGCACGCAGAACGCAGAAGGCGGCACCACCUGAGCGUGGGCGUGCCCUCACCGCACGCUAAUGUCGGCGCGUCGGCGCGUUGUCGGAGCGUCCCGCGCGUUCUGCUGUUCAUCCCCACCCACCUCGUCCUCGCCUCUUGCUGCGAACUUCGCUCCGGUCGACCGGGCUUCGGUGCUCGCAGCGUCGGACGCCCAUCGUCGUCGUCCGCAUCCGGCACGUUCUCGGUAUGCCCGCAUCGAUGCGCGCUCGAUAGGCAGGGAAGGGAACGCGCAAUCGCCCGGCGCGCGCUUGCGAUCGUCGUCGUCAGCGCCAGGGGCUUUUGCAAGUCCGUGCUUCCCGGGUGGCGAAGACGUCGACCCCGCGCGCUGCGCGCACCACAUCGUGCGGCGAGGACGCGUCGUGCCCGUCGACGCGUCGGACGCCCAUCGUCGUCCUCCGCAUCCGGCACGUCCUCGCUAUCUUCCCUCAUCAGACACGCAUCGAUGCGGCACCACGCGCUCGCGAUCGUCGUCAAUCGGCCUGGCGAGCGCCAGGGGCUUUUGCAGAGUCCGUGCUUCCCGGGUGGCGACCCCGCGUGCUGCGCGUACCACAUCGCGCCACCCUCGCGGAUGGACAUGCAGACUGCGCUGCGGCGAGGACGCGAAGCACGGGCAAUUUUGGCUCGCUGCAUACAGCACCCCGAUUACCAGUACCCCGCACUCGCGCAUCUGGAGUUACGGCGCUAUCGCGAGAUACAUUGCGCACUGCAGUGCAGUGCAGGCUGA